GCCACACAAUGCCGCCAUAUCGAGCUAUCCAGAAGAACUGGCAGGGUCCACAACACAGAGAGGGAGGUGAAACAUCUCUCAGUUAUUGGUAAAAGAUGACUCAGACAGUUCAGACAAAUGGGGUUCAACCCCUCAGCAAGACCUGGGAGCUGAGCCUCUACGAGCUACAGAGAACUCCACAGGAGGCCAUCACAGACGGCCUGGAGAUCGCUGUGUCCCCCCGUAGCCUACACAGUGAGCUGAUGUGUCCCAUCUGCCUGGACAUGCUGAAGAACACCAUGACCACCAAGGAGUGCCUGCAUCGCUUCUGCGCAGACUGCAUCAUCACAGCCCUCAGAUCUGGGAAUAAGGAGUGUCCAACAUGCAGGAAGAAGCUGGUGUCGAAACGUUCGCUCCGACCCGACCCAAAUUUUGACGCCCUGAUCAGUAAAAUCUACCCCAGCAGAGACGAGUACGAGGCCCAUCAGGAGCGGGUGCUCGCCCGUAUCAGCAAGCACAACAACCAGCAGGCCCUCAGCCACAGCAUCGAGGAGGGGCUCAAGAUCCAGGCCAUGAACAGACUGCAGCGGGGGAAGAAGCAUCAGAUCGAGAACGGCAGCGGGGCGGAGGAUAACGGGGACAGUUCACACUGCAGUAAUGCUUCAGUGCACAGUAAUCAGGAGGCCGGGCCCAGCAUCAAACGCACCAAAACCUCAGACGACUCGGGUCUGGACAUGGACAAUGCCACAGAGAACGGUGGAGCGGACAUGGCCCUGGACGGAGCCAGCGAGAUCGAGCUGGUGUUCCGACCUCAUCCCACGCUCAUGGAGAAGGAGGACGCCGCACAAACGAGUUUGAUGUUCGUUCACAGGUACAUCAAGACUUCGGGAAACGCCACAGUGGACCAUCUCUCCAAGUACCUGGCAGUGAGACUCGCCCUGGAGGAGCUGCGUAAGAACGGAGAUGCCAGUCCGGUCAAUGUGGAGGCAGCCAGUGAAAAACAGUACACCAUCUACAUCCCCACAGCCAACAACCAGUUCACAGUCCUGAACGGCUCGUUCUCUCUGGAGCUGGUGAGUGAGAAAUACUGGAAGGUCAACAAACCCAUGGAGCUGUACUUCGCCCCGACGAAGGAACACAAAUGAAGUCGGCAGGAUACCAGGGUCUGACUUGGCCCAGGAUGGACUGAUGGAGCUUUUUCAACCUCCCUUACCCCAUUCUCUCUCUCUUUCUCUCUCUCUCUUUAUCUCUCUCUCUCUCUCAUCUGGAGUACAAUAGUCAAGGAGCUUUUGCUCCUCAACAACUGUGGCUGCUUUUUUUUUUUUUUUUUUAAACUGUCUUUACUGUCUUUACUGUCUUUUGUAGGCGAACAGGGCAGGGGGGAUAUGGGGAGGGGAUAGGAGUGUGUAUCGUUGCGAGAUUUACUGAAAUCUGACCAUGUUUUUUUUUUUCCCCUUUUGAGUUGGCAAGUCCAAUUAGUGCCCCUUUUAUUGAGCAGCGGUCCAUUGACAGUAAGUAGCCUGAUGUUGCCUUCACCCGGUCCACCAAUAAGAUUUCAAUAGCAACUACCCGCAGACGUUCUUGUGGUACAUUUGAUCCAUUUUAAGUAUGUGAUCCAUGCUCCGCCCACAAGUGCAUUUUUGUACAUGUUUUACAUGUCUAUUUGUUAAUAUAAAUGGUUAAAUGACUCACUCUGGGCUGCUGGAACGUUUGUUUACCUGUUUGAGUACCUACGUAACGUUGGGGGUGUGGUUUAGAGGGUCAAGCAGCUGAGCUGGACAGAAGUUUCCAAAAGCUUCCACUGCUUACAGCUGAUGGUGGAAUAUCAAUGAGAUAUUAAGAAAUUUCACCAGCCGAAUUGCAGAGAGUUCAGUGAGCUCUUUAGCUCCGCCCAUUCUCUCACUAGUGACUGUACAGACAGACUGAAUGGCUAGGGCCUUGAUUUUAUACACUUUCAUUAAUGUGUUCAUGUGUGUGUUACAUUGUAUAGUGUUACAUUAGUCCGGUUAGUUUUGGGUUCACACUGCAGUUUAGUGACCGAGUGCACUAAAGAACUUUACUGUGUCUUUUGCUAAACCCCAUCAUGCUGUCAUCAUUACCACCAACGUGGGUGGAGUCUCCCUGUGGUUCACACUGAUUGGUGUGUAGAAUGUAGUCAAUUUGACCAAUUCCAUCCAAAUUCCAGGUGUUGUGCCGAAUUCUGCCUCCCUGCCACAUUCCGACUCCCUUUGAAUGCAGGUGUGUUCCACAGCAGAAUGAGUGCAGAACAGAUUCCCCUCUGAGUCCUUUUAUUUCUGUUUAUAAAUAAGGAUUAAUCUACAGCUACAGUAGAUUAGUACAAAAUCAUCAGAGUAAUCUCUUGUACCCAUACUGCUGAUUCAUAAUGAUGCACCUGCACAUCAAGGAUCAGAGUUGGAUUUCGGCACAACACAAUCCACAGUUCUUCUUUUUCUUCUUCUGGCGUUUAAUGGGUGAUGAUAGGCUGCCUCAACUUCUCUGUAAUUGUUCUUAACGUCUGAACCGUCCCAAAAAAAACGUAUUGUUCAGUUAAUGGUUCAGAAGAUUCAGACUGAGACCACAUCUUUUGGUAGGACCAAAGCAUCUUUCACACCUGCUUUUGGGGUUCAAACCAAACAGGGCAGCUGUGAAAGCACCAUAAAUUGAAUGGAUUUUUUAAAAAGUAACUGUAAAUCUAGACCUCACAGCAGUUGCUACUAUAGGAUAGGUUUGUGGGCGAAGCAUGAAAAGCUAUCUGUUUUGCAAUUGGUACAUAAUUCAACAUAGCAAUUCCUUAUAUCAUUCUCAGACAGUGGCAGUAUCCCCUCACAUCAGUGUAGGCCAGUUAGAUCCACUAUUCUGUGAGAAAUCUUAAGUGCAUUUUUGAUGUAAAUGCAUUUUCUCCACUGUGCAUCACCCCCCACUCAACCAGCCACAUCCACUGAAGUACACACCAGAUUCUUGAUCUAUUCAUAUUUCAUUUAAAAAAAAAAAAAAAGAGUGAAAAACUUCCAUUGAUGACACGCUUUAGAGCAUGACAUAUUUUUAGUUUGACAUUGUUUGAGUUCAUGUUGUUGUUUGGGGACAAAACAAUAUGUAAACCACAUUAUUUGUUUGGAAAAUAAAUAAAAAAGUAUGCAAAUGCUGAA